CCUCCCUUGCUGCCUGUGCGAGCACCCACCCACCAGCCAUCCAUCCAUCCAGCAACUGUCUAAGGCCACUGCAGGAACCUCUCCAGGUAGGGGUGGUUGCGCUUAUAUCUGAGCGCGUGUCUGGCCAAGGGGUGGUAUGCCACCUGCUGCAGGUUGCGCACGAACGACUGCACCACGAGCGACUGCAGCUUGAAGGCCUCGACUUCGUCCGUCUGCCCCAUGCUCUCGUGACACAUGUCCACCUCAUCGAUGUGCACCCGCACCAGCGCCGUCUUGGUCUCGAAGCUCUCGACCAUCUCGCUCACGAUCGUCGGAUUGAGCGACUCCACACCGUAGGUAAACCGGGCCCGGGCGUUGGGGUAAUCGACCUCCAUCUUGAUUGGCUUGGGUGGCUUGGCGUCGUAGGCGUCCGCCCAGUCGCGCAGAUACUGCCGGAUCGUCCGGAUGCACGGCGAGCCGAAGGGAACGGGGCCGAGCGAGAUGCGGAUGGUCUUGCGCUCCUGUGCUGCAUUGGCAUUGAUGCGGCCGGCGAUCAGACAGGUGAAGAGGGCCAUCUGAGAGAAGCAGCGGAAGUGGGCAGAGGUCCCCCGACGGACGGGCGGGUCGGGGUCGGUCACGUUGUCCAGCUGAAUGGGAUAAGAAGUGCCGUCACCGAGCGUCAUCUUGCCCUCCCCCUUGCAGUCGAUGUCAACCGCCGGGCCCCCCAGCAGCACUUCCAGCUGACCAACCGCCUCAGGCAGCUGGUCGAAGCGAGAGGGGUCGAAGUACAGCGCGUCGGAGGGAAUGACGCGGUCGGCGAGCGGACCCAUGUUGUAGACCUGCAAGAAGCCCUCCCACCUCUCCCAGUUGCCGCUCUUGGCCAACAGCAGCAGCACUUUCGCCUUGUGCGCCGGGUCGGUCACCUGCACGCCGAAUCGGGUCCCCGCCAGCCACACAACGUCCUCUCUCUUCUGUACUGCCUUCGGGACAGUCGCAUCGCGGUUUCUGGGCUCCAGUGUUGGCACGUUUCGCUUGUGCUGCUGUCCUGACGAGUCGAAGGGCCACAGGAAGCCGAAGUUGGCGAGAGAAACGAUGACGGUGCCGCCUGCUGGCAGUGUGGCGAUGGCGGUGCGUGGCCGCGUGAUGAAUAGAGGGAUACCGGGCCGCAGGCGCUGAUAGAUAUAGCGCAUCCAUGACGACAUCUCUGCCUUCUCAUCUGCUUCUCUUCCACAGCCGCAGAACAAACCGAUGACGACCCAGGCCGGUGCUGUUAUGCAGCUGUUCUCGCCCGAUGCGAGGGGCGGCUGAGAGCGACGGAUGCUAGCUCACCAAAGAAGUCCCUCCAGCGCAGGUCUCGUGGGUUAUGCCACAAGUCUGGAGUGCGACAGCACAGCUCCACCGACCUGACUGAAUGGCA